AUGCUUUCUUCUCCAUCUUUAUCGCCAUCGCUUUGUUUGGCUUUAAACUAUCCGAGCAAGAUAUCCCAAGCGCCAUUUGGUGGUCCUCAAUCUUCACUUUCUAGUUUUAGGCUUAACACAGAAUCAGAUGUAGAUAUAAAAAAGUCUUGUAGGGACGGUUGUCCAAAUGAAAAUGAUGAUGAACUUGCAGAGAAGCAAUUUACGGGAUCUUCGACCUUCCUAAAAGGUACUCAAAGUGCAAAUCCUCAUAAUGAUUACUCACAACACUUUGUAGACACUGGUGAGCGCCCGCAGAAUUUUAUACGUGAUACAGGUCUAAAAAAUCGGUUUGAAGAGUAUCCCAAACUACGAGAAUUGAUCAGGCUGAAAGAUGCUCUGAUUGUUGAGCGUGCUACUCCUCCCAUGUAUCUUCGUGCUGAUCUUUCUACUUUUGAUCUAUGCCAACUCGGUAGUCAAUUUGAUACAAUCCUGAUUGAUCCACCUUUGGAAGAAUACACUCGAAAAGGGAUAUCUCAAGAGAAAAGUUGGAGUUGGGAGGAGGCAAGAUAUAAAUGA